CACUCUUGUUUCCUCUUCAUGUCACUUUUCAAUUCAUUUCUUUCCUUCAAACAGAGCUUGUAGUUGGCACCAAACACAAUGGGCUCGAACAGACGUACGUCGGCUGUUUCGCCACCUUCGAAUCAUGCCCUGCUUGUGUAUCUCUCAUUUCAAUCAAGCCGUGUAAGUCGAUGCUCUCGGGUCUAUAAUAUAACUCAAUUUUUGUGCGCACAGUUACUUGGGCAGCUCAUUUCUCUAUUGGGAUUGUCCGUGUGGAUUUGCUCACGGCGCACCUCAGGCGCCCUUCGAGGCCAUGCACGGGCUCGCUUCCGCCGUCACCUCGAGACCCUUCUCCGUUUGUCGAAUGAGAGUGAGAGUUAAGGCGCCUAGCGAUCAGGUCCGGUGGCAGUGACGGUGACGGAGAAAGUCUGUUGGCCACGUCGUUGCCUUACUCGCCUU